AUGGCUACCUCCAAUAACGGUGUUCCAUCUACUAAUAUAGUUAGUACCACCCCGAUUAUGGAAAUGCCAGGAUCAUCGGCUGGAAUUGAUUCAACGACCGCCGCGAUGACAACGACAACUCCAAGACCCCCUUGUACUCCUGAUCAAAUCACCCUCGGGAAAAGGAACGAUGAAGAAUUUAAAAUUGAUGUUACUUAUAAAGACUUCGUUGUGAGUGAUGACAACAUGUCGGCAACAAUGACGAUCACGUGUACUGCUGAUGCUGGAAACAUGGCCUAUAUGGAUUUCAAUGUAGAUGAAGGAGGGCCAUCUGAAAAGGAAUUACCUACUGUUAAUGCAGAUGUUGUCUGUAAGGAUGGAAAGUGGAUUUACAGUGAAACAGUCGGCGGAGUCAAUAUGGAUAAAGAGAUCAGUAAAGUCAGCUGCUUUCAAGCUUGA